AAAUUUUCUUUUAUCUUGUAAAUUUGUAAUCACAGACUGUGUUAUAUGGUUGUAAAUUGUAAUUUUAGUAUUUUUAUAAACUUCAUCCAGCAUAUUUACUUGCACGGCACCAUUAAGUUCAUUACAAUUGUAUUAUAUCGUUCUAUUUCGGAAGGAUGAACUAUGGAAAUUGAGCAUGGAGUGACAGUAAAAAUUUUGUUCUUUGCUAAGUCUAAAGAACUGGCUGGUACUCGGGAAGCAAGAAUCACAAUACCUGAAAAAAUAACAUACCAGCAAUUGCUUAAUAUUAUUGCAAAGAAUUAUAAUUUAGAAACCAUUAAGGAUCAUAUACUUUUAGCAAAGAAUGAGGAAGUUUGUUCUGAUAACAGAGAAUUAGUUAUACGAGAAUUUGAUAAUAUUGCUGUUAUACCACCAUUAAGUGGAGGCUAA